AUGGGAAAUGAAGCUAGUUACCCGACGGAGAUGUGCUCCCACUUCAACCACGAUGAAAUUAAAAGGCUGAGCAAGAGGUUUAAGAAGCUGGACUUGGACUGUUCGGGCUCUCUGAGCGUGGACGAGUUCUUGUCCCUGCCCGAGCUGCGGCAGAACCCGUUGGUGCAGCGAGUGAUCGACGUCUUCGACACCGACGGCAAUGGAGAGGUGGACUUUGAGGAGUUCGUCGUGGGGACCUCCCAGUUCAGCGUCAGGGGGGACGAGGAGCAGAAGUUGAGGUUUGCCUUCAGCAUCUACGACAUGGAUAAAGACGGCUACAUUUCCAACGGGGAGCUGUUCCAGGUGCUGAAGAUGAUGGUGGGGAACAACCUGCAAGACUGGCAGUUACAGCAGAUCGUGGACAAAACCAUCAUCAUCCUGGACAGGGAUGGCGACGGGAGAAUAUCCUUCGAGCAAUUCAGUGCGGUGGUCGGAAACCUGGAGGUCCACAAGAAGUUGGUGGUAAUUGUGUGA